ACUAGUCUGACUACUUCAAGCCUCAGGCGAGUGCGAGCGCCGAUUCUGCCGAGUCGUUUGAUUUUUCGCCUAUUCACGUCGUGGACGUGUAAACAAUUUUUCAUAUCACAGCUAAUAACGUUGCUCUCUGGAUAUCUUCUGAAAAAUGAGUUCUAUAGGCACAGGGUACGAUCUGUCCGCUUCGCAAUUUUCGCCAGACGGACGCGUAUUUCAAGUGGAAUAUGCUCAGAAAGCCGUGGAGAAUGGAGGGACGGUUAUUGGCUUACGAGGGAAGGAUAGUGUAGUGUUCGCUGUAGAAAAGAUAGUGACGUCAAAACUUUAUGAGCCAGGUGCUAAUAAACGGAUAUUCAAUAUAGAUCAACAUGUUGGUAUGGCAGUUUCUGGUAUAAUAUCAGAUGCGAGACAAAUCGCAGAGACUGCAAGAUCAGAGGCUGCGAGUUACAAGGCACAGUAUGGAGUUGGCAUUCCGCUGAAAUAUUUAAAUGAAAGAGUCUCCAUGUAUAUGCACGCGUACACUUUGUAUUCUGCUGUACGUCCCUAUGGCUGCUCCGUUCUAUUCAGCGCUUAUGAAACCGAUGGUCCAGCAUUGUAUAUGAUAGACCCAUCAGGAGUAUCGUAUGGUUAUUAUGGCUGUGCUGUAGGUAAAGCAAAGCAGUCGGCAAAAACAGAAAUUGAAAAGUUAAAGUUACCAGAGAUGUCAUCCAGGGAUUUAGUGAAGGAAGCUGCUCGUAUUAUCUACCUUGUUCAUGAUGAACUGAAAGAUAAACAGUUUGAAUUGGAAAUGAGUUGGGUUGGCGCCCAUACCAAUGGAAGACACGAACGUGUACCCAACGAUAUAAAAACCGAGGCUGAAACGAAGGCACGACAGGCAAUGGCAGAAGAUUCGGACAGCGAUACUGAAGAUAUGUAAAAUAAUUUUAGGAAUACUGUUACUAAAAUUAUUUCUGUAUUGUAAACUGUAAGAUUAAAUAUUAAUACGAAUAUACAUACACCGAUUUAAAAUUUUAA